AUGCAAAGAGAAGAGGUCUCAGAAACAGAAGGGGAGAAGCAGAGGAGAACAACGAAGAAGAAGAGAACGAGAAAUAAGGGGUCAGAGAAGGUAUCGAGCAAAAAGAAGAGGUUCUAUCGCAGCAGAAGUUUAUGUGUGAACUGCAAGCAAAUUAGCGAUUACGUCCUAGGAAAAGUUUAUCACGAAGAAUUCUACACGCCGUCUGCGACAACAAAUUGUACUUGUUAUGAGUGGAAACAAUUCUGCAACUGCAUCAACUCAAUCCUUUCAGAAAUUUUCAAAAAAUCCUUUGCAAACAAGGCCCACAUUUGUGAGAAAAAAUAA